AAAUGAUAAUCUUAUCUUGUCAAAUUAUGUAUUGCAAAUUGGAAUCACAAGUUUAAUAUGUCAUUGAAUUUGGUUCACAAAUUCACUAUUCGUAAAACUUGCAAUACUGAAGUAAAAACGAAGACAAUAUUGAGUAUAGCAUAACUAAGACUCCGUAGAGAUCUGUGGCAAGAAAUGGCUAAGUUAGAAUUACUGCAAUCAAUAAAUGCCCACAAAGGAAUAGUAUGGAACGUAUCAUGGCAUCCAACAGGCAAAAUAUUUGCUUCGUGUGGGGAAGAUAAAGUAAUUAAUUUAUGGAAUAAAGAGAACCAAGGAUGGGCAGUCAAGACAAUGUUGGUUGAUGGUCAUCAACGCACAAUUAGAGAAGUUGCUUGGUCGCCAUGUGGAAAUUUCUUAGCUUCAGCCAGUUUUGAUGGAACAACAGCUGUAUGGGAUAAAAAGAGUGGUCAGUUUGAAUGUAACGCAACAUUAGAGGGACAUGAGAAUGAAGUGAAAAGUGUAGCCUGGUCACCUUCAGGACAACUGCUAGCAACAUGUGGCAGAGACAAAUCGGUUUGGGUUUGGGAAGUGGCUGGUGAUGAUGAAUAUGUCUGUGAAGCAGUUCUGAAUGCUCAUAAUCAAGAUGUUAAAAAAGUUGCAUGGCAUCCUUCAUUAGAGAUAUUAGCUUCUGCCUCAUAUGAUAACACGGUUAAAAUUUACAAAGAAGAUCAACUGGACAGUGACUGGAACUGUGUAGCCACCCUUGAUUCACAUGACUCCACAGUUUGGAGUUUAUGUUUUGAUAAGACAGGGGAGCGACUUGCCAGUUGCAGUGCUGAUAACACUGUAAAAAUUUGGAAGGAGUAUAAGCCUAAUAAUGAAUUGGGUGUCAGUGUGCCUAAUGAAGAAUCAGCAUGGAAAUGUAUAUGUACAUUAUCAGGCUAUCAUACCAGGUGCAUUUACGACAUUGCUUGGUGUCAUCACACUGGCCUAUUAGCAACAGCCAGUGGGGAUGACAUAAUAAGAAUUUUCAAAGAGGCGGAUAAUUCAGAUCCUAAUGCACCCACUUUUGAUUUAAUAUGCAAAAAAUACAAUGCUCAUUCUCAAGAUGUCAAUUGUGUAAAAUGGAAUCCAUCUGGCAACCAAGAACUUAUAUCAUGUAGUGAUGAUGGUGAAAUUAGGGUUUGGAAAUUUGUGGAAGAAUAAAUUACUCUUGUAUUUAUAUGCUGUAUAUUAUUACUUGGUUUACAUAUUCAAUUAUUUUAAGUGAAAUUUUAUGGUGAAUAAAUGGUUGACAUGAAUGUAA